AAACUGGUUCAGAGAUUUAUUUUCCCUAACAGAGGGUUGGGAGGAAUGACUUCUCUAUAUAGAGCAGCCCUUCCUACUCCAGCCCUGCCUAAGGUUCCCAGGAAACCAAGAAGUAAAGCUUCCAACAAGUGUGAGACAGACUUGAAAACUAGAAUUCUAAAUCACUCAAGUCUCCUGGUUAAGUCUAGGGGUUAGGAAAGCAUUCCUAUGUCUAGAACUAUAAAGUCCCCCCUCCCUCAGGACAGCCAGGACAUGCCACCUAAGACCAAAGAAAAAGGUAGGAAAUCUGGGACACAGAAGAAGAAAAAGAACUUGAGUGUUGGGCAGAUGUGGAGGCCGAGGCCAAGCACAGGCUGAUGGUGCUGGAGAAGGAGCUGCUCCUGGACCACUUGGCUCUGCGGAGGGAUGAGUCCCGUAGAGCCAAGGCUUCCGAAGAGCUGCUGAAGCAGAAGUUGCAAGGGUUAGAGGCAGAACUCAAAGAGGCCCGAAGUGAAGAGAAGGCUAUAUAUGCAGAGAUGAGCCGCCAGCACCAGGCCCUGAAGGAGAAGUUGGAAACCCGCAGCCAUCAGCUAGAAGAGGAAGUAAGGGGUCUUCGGGAGCAGCUAGAAAUGUGCCAGAAGGAGGCUAAGGCUGAAAGGGAAGAGGCUGAGCAAGCCCUCAGAGAGCGGGACCAGACCCUGACUCAGCUUAGGGCCCAGGUGGUGGACAUGGAGGCCAAGUACCAGGAAAUCUUACAUGGCAGCCUGGACCAGCUCUUGGCCAAACUGAGAGCUGUUAAGCCUGACUUGGAUGGGGCCGUGCUGAGACUCCAUGCCAAGCACAAGGAGCAGCUGCGUCAAUUUGGCCUCAACCCUCUGGAUCUUUGAGGCUGCCAGCCUCUACUCUCUGAGGCCCAGUAAUAAAGUGUUUUAAUGUUGAACCCAGCA